CAUCGGUUCACUCCCAUGCAAGUGCAGAACUCCCAAUGCGAGGAUGCCUGCAGUUAGCCAGGUGGCUGAGCGCAGCGCCGAGAUGCUCUGCUGCUAGCCUACUCCAGCCGCCAUUCGGCCUUCCUACCUCCGUCCGGUUUUUCGCCAACUCCGCCGCGCGGUCCGCCAGAGGUGCCGGGCUCCAGAAAUCGGAUCUCGAGAACAGGAUCGCCGCAAUCCCAAUCGACAGGUUUCGCAAUUUCUGUAUCGUCGCGCACGUCGACCAUGGAAAAAGUACACUGUCCGAUCGACUGUUGGAGCUGACGGGUACGAUUCAAGCUGGAAGCAAUAAGCAGGUCCUGGACAAGCUCGAUGUGGAACGCGAGCGUGGUAUCACAGUCAAGGCGCAGACAUGUACGAUGCUAUACAACCAUAAUGGGGAGGAUUAUUUGCUUCAUCUGGUCGAUACGCCGGGCCAUGUGGACUUCCGUGCAGAGGUCUCUCGCAGUUAUGCCAGCUGCGGAGGCGCUCUGCUCUUGGUCGAUGCCAGUCAGGGUAUCCAGGCGCAAACCGUUGCCAACUUCUAUCUCGCUUUCUCACAAGGUUUGGAAUUGAUCCCGGUCAUCAACAAGGUGGACUUGCCGUCGGCCGAGCCGGAACGUGCCCUCGAACAGAUGAAGCAUUCUUUCGAGCUGGACACGGACAGCGCCGUGCUGGUCUCCGCGAAGACUGGUCUGAAUGUGCAGCAGCUACUUCCUACAGUCGUUGAUCGGAUCCCAGCUCCCGUCGGUGAUCACACCAAGCCCCUCCGCAUGCUCCUCGUCGAUUCCUGGUACGAUGCCUACAAGGGUGUGAUCUGCUUGGUCCGUGUCUUUGACGGCGAGAUCCGAGCGGGAGACCAGCUGGUGUCUUUCGCCACCGGACUCAAGUACUUCGUGGGCGAGGUCGGCAUCAUGUAUCCGAACGAGACCCCGCAGACGGUGCUCCGUGCCGGUCAGGUCGGUUACGUGUUCUUCAACCCUGGUAUGAAGCGGAGCAAGGAAGCCAAGAUUGGUGAUACCUACACCAAAGUCGGAUCGGAAAAGCUUGUGGAACCGCUGCCCGGUUUUGAAGAACCCAAGUCGAUGGUCUUCGUGGCCGCCUAUCCGGUCGAUGCGGAUCACUUCGAGCACCUGGAGGACAGCAUUAACCAACUCAUGCUGAAUGACAGAAGUAUCACGGUGCAAAAGGAGUCCUCAGAAGCCCUGGGUGCCGGCUUCCGCCUCGGUUUCUUGGGAACGCUCCACUGCUCCGUGUUUGAGGACCGUCUGCGUCAGGAACAUGGAGCCAGUAUCAUCAUCACUCCCCCAUCAGUUCCCGUGAAGAUUGUCUACAAAGAUGGUAGAGAGGAGAUUAUUAGCAACCCGGCCAAGUUCCCCGACGAUGAGUCAGCACGUGCGAAGGUGUUGGAGUUCCACGAGCCCUACGUUACGGCCACUCUGACUUUCCCGGAUGAGUACCUUGGAAAGGUCAUCGAACUCUGUGAAAAUAACCGCGGUGAACAGAAGAGCCUCGAGUAUUUCACCUCCACUCAGGUUAUCCUGAAGUACGAACUUCCGUUGGCGCAACUAGUCGAUGACUUCUUUGGAAAGCUCAAGGGUAACACUAAGGGCUACGCCUCUCUGGAUUACGAGGAGUCGGCUUGGAGGCAGAGCAAUAUCGUGAAACUGCAGCUCCUGGUCAACAAAGCCCCCGUAGAUGCUGUUGCUCGCAUUGUACAUUACAGCCAAGCGGACCGACUCGGUCGACAGUGGGUGACUAAGUUCAAGGAGCAUGUGGAUCGGCAAUUGUUCGAAGUCAUCAUCCAGGCGGCUAUCGGUCGCAAGGUCGUCGCUCGUGAGACGGUGAAGCCCUACCGGAAGGAUGUGCUGGCUAAGCUUCAUGCUAGUGAUGUCAGUCGACGCAGGAAACUGCUGGAGAAGCAGAAGGAGGGCCGCAAGAGACUGCGGGCUGUGGGCAAUGUGUCACUGUCGCCUUGCCAUGAUCAUCAUUUGACCACCGUGAUGCAGCCUCCAGAAGGUGUGCAGGUCGACCUGGGCAAGGCCCAGGUCAUUGACCGCGUCCCCAAAGUUAUCAAGGAACUGAAGUUCGGUGUCCUGUCCAACGACGAUAUCGUUAGCCAAGGUGUGGUGGAAGUCUCCGACCGGAAAUUCUUCGAUCUCGAACAUGACCGAGCUGUCGUCGCCAAUGGUCCCCUCGACGCGCGCAUGGGUAUUUCGAACAAGUCCUCAACAUGUCAGACGUGUGGUGGUGCACUCCAGGUCUGCAACGGACACUUCGGCCAUGUCAGGCUCGUCCUGCCCUCCUUCCACGUCGGCUACUUCAAGCGAGUCAUCACCAUCCUACAAGAAAUCUGCAAAGAAUGCUCCCACAUCCUCCUCCCUGAAGCCGAUCGCCGUGCCUUCCUCCGUGAAAUGCGUCGCCCGGGCCUGGACAACUUGCGACGGAUGCAGAUCGCGAAGCGGAUUAACGAGCGGUGCAAGAAGACUCGCAACUGUGAGAACUGUGGUGCAGUCAACGGUGUGGUCAAGAAGGCCGGAACCAGCGCCCUGAAAAUCACCCACGACAAAUUCCGUGCCUUCAACGCCUCUACCUCCGUCAAGAAGGUGCCCCCGCCCAGCAAGAUCGUCUUUGACCGGUCUUUCGACGAAGCGCGUACGUCCAAUGCGGAGGUCGAAAAACAUUACAAGAAGGCCCAGGAUGACAUGAAUGCUCUGCGUGUUCUCAACCUUUUCAAGAAGAUCUCCGAUACCGACUGUGAAUUGCUGGGUCUCAACCCGAAGGAAGCCAGACCCGAGAUGUUCCUCUGGCAGUUUAUUCCAGCCCCUCCGGUCUGUAUUCGUCCCUCCGUCGGUCAGGAUGCAGCGUCGACCGAGGAUGACUUGACUGCCAAGUUGGGAGAUAUCGUCCAGAGUAACAUCAACCUCAAGAACGCGCUGCUCAAGGGUGCGCCAGUGCAGACUAUCAUGGAAUGCUGGGACUAUAUGCAGCUGCAAAUUGCAGUAUACAUCAACAGUGAUGUCCCGGGUCUGAACAAGGCAGAUUUGGGCAAACCCAUUCGCGGUUUUGUCCAGCGUCUGAAGGGAAAGCAAGGUCGUUUCCGUGGUAACUUGUCUGGAAAACGUGUCGACUUCUCUGGACGUACGGUCAUUUCCCCUGAUCCCAACCUGCGUGUCGAUGAGGUCGCUGUCCCAGAGCUGGUGGCAAAGAACAUGACCUACCCCGAAGUCGUCACUCGCUAUAACAAGGAGAAAUUGCAGCAGAGAGUCCGAAACGGAACGAAGAAAUGGCCCGGAGCGAACUAUAUCACGAAGAAGGGCCAGACAUUCAAGCUCUUCCUCAAGUACGGUAACCUGAACAUGAUCGCUGACCAGCUCCAAGAGGGAGACGUUAUCGAGCGUCAUAUUGAGGAUGGUGACAUUGUCCUGUUCAACCGGCAACCUUCCCUGCACAAGCUUAGUAUCCUUUCCCACUUCGCCAAAGUUCGCCCCCACCGAACUUUCCGCCUCAACGAGUGUGUUUGCAACCCUUACAACGCCGAUUUCGACGGUGACGAGAUGAAUCUGCACGUUCCCCAGACGGAAGAAGCGCGAGCUGAAGCCAUGGAACUCAUGGGUGUCAAGAACAAUUUGGCUACGCCUAAGAACGGAGAGCCUAUCAUUUCUGCCAUUCAGGAUUUCAUUAGUGCUGCCUACGUCCUCAGUAGCAAGGACAACUUCUUUGACCGUCGCUCCUUCACACAAAUUUGUCUCUACAUGCUUGGUCCUCAAACUCGGUUCGAUCUUCCUCCGCCCGCCGUGCUUAAGCCCCAGAUGCUCUGGACCGGAAAGCAAGUGUUCAAUAUCCUCAUGCGGCCGAACAAGGACGACCCUUGCUUGGUCAACCUGGAUGCUGCCUGCAGAGAAUUCAAGAUGCCAAAGGAUAAAACGCCCAAGGAUCUCGACCCCAAGGACGGUUGGCUCGUCAUUCGUAACUCCGAGGUCAUGUGUGGUGUGAUGGACAAGUCUACUAUUGGUUCUGGAAAGAAGGAUAACGUGUUCUAUAUUAUGCUGAGAGAUUUUGGGCCAGCGGCCGCUGCCGAGGGCAUGAACCGCUUGUCUAAACUGUCUGCUCGUUGGUUCACAAACAUGGGCUUUUCUAUCGGUAUCACAGACGUAUAUCCCAGCGAAAAGCUGCUGCGCUCGAAGCACGAUCUGGUCGAGACAGCUUACGCGCAGUGUGACGAGGUCAUUGCCAAGUACAAGGCUGGUACGCUAGAGAAGUAUCCCGGCUGUGACGAGUUGCAAACUAUGGAGAACCAGCUUUCCGGUAUUCUCAGUAAGGUUCGUCAACAGGCUGGUGACGAGUGUAUUGCUCAACUGAGCAAAUACAACUCCCCCUUGAUCAUGGCCACAUCCGGAUCCAAGGGUUCCAGUAUCAACGUGUCCCAGAUGGUGGCCCUUGUCGGUCAGCAGAUUAUCGGUGGCCAGCGUGUGCAGGACGGCUUCCAGGACCGUACCCUGCCUCACUUCCCGAAGAAUGCCCGUCAGCCUCCGUCGAAGGGUUUCGUGCGGAACAGUUUCUUCUCGGGUCUGACGCCUACGGAAUUCAUCUUCCACGCCAUGUCUGGUCGUGAAGGUCUGGUUGAUACUGCUGUCAAGACGGCUGAAACCGGUUACAUGUCUCGUCGUUUGAUGAAGUCCCUGGAAGAUCUUUCCACCAGAUACGAUGACACCGUGCGCAACUCCUCUGCAGCGAUCGUCCAAUUCCAAUACGGUGACGAUAAGCUGGACCCCGUGGACAUGGAGGGUAAAGCUAAGCCCGUCCACUUCGACCGGACUUUCAUCCAUUCGGAAUCUAUCACUUAUUCGAACGACGAACGGAGUCUGCUACCUGCUGAGAUCAUGGAAGUCUGCGAGGAGAUGCUUUCGAAGGAGCGCGCCAAAUUGGUCCGUAAAGAUCUGAUGGGCAACACUCUUGCAUACAUGGAUCGCAGUGACCAUGGUAUUGAUCAAUUUGAGAGUGCCCGUGACUUCUUGGAGUCGAUUCAGCAGUACGUCGCCACCAAGGCGGACAGGCUCAUUUCCCGUGGUGGUGACUUUGACCCCUCUGACGAGAGAAGUCAAAAGGGGUUGAAUCACACGGGCAAGCUGACUGAGCGUACCCUGCGGACUUUCAUCACUGAGUGUUUGAUGAAGUACAAGAAGGCCCAGGUUGAGGCUGGCCAUGCCGUUGGUGCUGUCGGUGCGCAGUCCAUCGGUGAGCCCGGUACCCAGAUGACGUUGAAGACUUUCCACUUUGCUGGUGUCGCUGGUAUGAGUAUUACUCAGGGUGUCCCCCGUAUUAAGGAAAUUAUCAACGCUUCCAAGGAGAUCAGUACGCCUGUCGUCGCUUGUGAGUUGGUCACCAAGGACAACAUCAUUGCUGCCCGUAUCGUCAAGGGUCGUAUUGAGCAGACCUAUCUACGUGAUAUUAUCCACUACAUCCGUGAGACAUGGACCGGCAAGGAAGCUUAUAUUACCGUCAAGAUCAACUGGAAGACCAUCCAGGACUUGGCUCUGGAGUUGAAGAUCGACAACAUUCUUGCGGCGAUCAAGAGUCACAAGCGUUUCAAGGCAGAUGAUCUCAAGUUCCGUUGCUCGCGCUCACACAUUCACGUCUACAUGGAUGUUGAGCCUUCCAGCAAAGCUUCUCUAUCCAAGACAGAGAUUGCGCACACCAGUGCGGACCCUUUCCUGCGGUUGAAGCAUUUGAAGCGGAUGCUCCCUGACAUCCAAGUCCUCGGUCACCCCCAGGCCUACCGUGCGAUUAUUCGAACGGAUGAGACGUCGACUACCAACACGCUUCUGGUCGAAGGUUACGGGUUGAGGGCGUGUAUGACCACGAUGGGAGUGGACGGUCUCCGCACAAAGACCAACAACAUCAUGGAGAUGCGCGAGGUGCUUGGUAUUGAAGCGGCGCGGUCGACGAUCGUCCAGGAAAUCAGCGAGGUUAUGAAGGACAUGGACAUCGAUCCUCGACACAUGCAGCUUCUGGCCGACGUCAUGACCUACAAGGGUGAAGUUCUGGGUAUCACGCGAUUCGGUCUCGCCAAGAUGCGUGACUCGGUCCUGCAGCUGGCGUCUUUCGAGAAGACCGCCGACCAUCUCUUCGAUGCCGGUGGUGCCGGCCGCACGGAUCUGAUCGAGGGUGUCUCCGAAUGUAUCAUCAUGGGCAAGACGGUGUCCCUGGGUACCGGCGCUAUGGAGGUCGUGCGCAAGAUGAAUUUCUACGAGGGACAGAUCGGACCACGCAAGACCACCUUCGAAGAUACCUGGACGGAUGUCUACGAGGCACCUCUGGAGCGGGCGCGGGCCAAGCGCAAGGCCCGGGCUUGAAGCGGCAGCUUGCUAGAGAUUGUAUAAAAAGGGAUUGAUUCUGGACAUGGAAAAGUCGGUCGCAUACCAGGCGUUUAGUAAUGUACUCUAACUAUAGUCACGAUUUAGCGAUCACCGCGAGGGAGGCGACUGUCUUGUACUUUACGAGCAGACGAAAC